AGCUCCGCUGACACUGAGCAGAUGUAGCCGCUUUAGCAUCCGCUGCAGUGAUCAAUUAACAAGCUAAACACGCCAAAGAAGAAAAAAACGACAAUUGCCAGCGGUAACACUAAAGUAUGACCAACAAAACCGGCUUGAAUGUCACACCCGCCGACCUCCCGAGAGUUGUGUUAGGAAACUAUAGUGUUUCUGGCUGGUAAAACAGCUGUUUGGCAUGCUGCUCGCUGCAGACGAACACCAUGGUUUUGAUUUAACGGUGUUAAAGUUUUUGGAGUCCGCAGCCGACAACCCGGAGCUUUUCUACGCCGGUUUGUGAGUUGUGAUGGUGGGCUGAGCUAGCCUGCUAGUCCUAGCCUCGAGUCAGCUGACUGAGUGAUGGAUCAACUCAAAGUGAAGGAUCGCAUCCUGGAAAACAUCUCCCUCUCCGUCAAGAAGUUGCAGAGUUAUUUUGCAGCCUGUGAGGAUGAAACUCCAGCUAUCCGAAAUCACGAUCGGGUCCUACAGCGUCUCUGCGAACAUCUUGACCAUGCCCUACUCUAUGGGCUGCAGGACAUCUCAUCUGGCUACUGGGUCUUGGUCCUCCACUUCACCAGGAGGGAGGCGGUCCGACAGAUCGAUGAGCUUCAGCACAUAGCAACAAACCUUGGCCGAAGCCGGGCGUGGUUGUACCUGGCACUGAGUGAGAGCUCUUUAGAGAGCUAUCUGCGCCUCUUCCAGGAGAAUCGAGCAUUAUUGCAAAAGUAUUAUUUCAAGAAUGCUUUGGUCUGCAGUCAUGACCACCUCACACUCUUUCUCACACUGGUGUCGGGUCUGGAGUUCAUCCGCUUCGAUCUUGAGCUGGAUGUCCCCUAUUUGGACGUGGCCCCGUACAUGCCUGAAUACUACAAACCUCAGAACCUCCUGGACUUUGAGGAAAGGCUGCCCAGUUCAGACAGCCUGUCGCUGCACUCCUUCACCUCACUCACCUCCACCAACCUGGAGUGGGAUGACAGCGCCAUAGCUCCCUCCAGUGAAGAUUAUGAUUUUGGUGACAUCUUCCCUGUGUUGCCAUUGACAAGUGCAGACUGGGAAGAGGGUGACUUGACUGAUCAGGCCAGCUGCCCACGGUCCAGUGGCUCUGAUCCCCAGACAGUCAUCAGUGACACUGUCGUCCCUUCUGGCACAGCGAAGGGAAAGGUGGCUGCUCACCUUUCUCCACACAGCCCGACAUCCAGAUACAACCCGUUCAAUGAGGAUUCAGACACAAAUACCUCUGCAAACGUCACGCCGGUUCAUGUGGCCAACCACCACGCUUUCACCGCUACGGGAGACGAGACGGAGAUCAGCAGCAACGAGCUUGAGGUCAUCAGGAUGGCCAAACGAAGGAAACCAGCCAAAAAGCGACGCGGGAAGGGAUCCACAGAGUCCAUCAGGAGUGCCUUCAACUCGGUCUCUUCUGAACACAUGGAACUGGACAAUGCCGCCCUCACCGGGGAGGAUGUUGAUUCAGCAAACUCCACGCUGGUGCAGCUGGACAGCGACGGGGAGCUGAGCAGAAGCAGGAUUGGAUCAGAGGUUGUGGAGGAGGGAGAUGAGGUCGGAGUAGAGGAUCUCCUCCGGAUCCCGGAGAUGACGGACACCUCCAUGGACAGCGUUGGCCAACCCCUCCGGGACGUCAUGAAUCGGCUCAACGGGGCCUGGGAGCACCCGGAGGAGGAAGAGAAAAGCACUGUCGGCUGUGACGGGAGUUCGGAGCCUCCUGAACAGCAGCCCUUUCGGGAGGAUUCAGGAGGAAAGCCGCCCGACCCGGCCCCAGGAGAGACAGCUGGUCCCGGUCGGGCCCAGAGCUCCAGCGUCCUGCAGACCUCGCCUACGGCUGCAGAGCUAUGCUCCGUUACCCCCAACAGUCCAGACUCUGCUGACACGAGUGGUGGCCACAAUGACUCUACAGAGCAGAGCCAACCACAGGCUCUUUCAGGUGGCACUGAAAAUGAAGGAGAGGGAGAAGCACCAGCGGGACAGAGACCCGUCGUGAAGCAGGAGGGGAACACGGGGGAGACACGGACACAAACCUUCACGCAUGAGGAAACAAAACCACCGCUACAAGAAGAGAAGCUCAGUCCAUUUGAAAUUUCUCAUCCGGCAGAGUUUAAGGUGGACAACAAUCACCUGCUUCUACUAAUGAUUCAUGUAUUCAGAGAAAACGAGGAGCAGCUCUUUAAGAUGGUGCGGAUGAGUACGGGUCACAUGGAGGGAGACCUGCAGCCCCUUUAUCUGCUGCUCACGGACUGUUACAUUUACUUGCUAAGAAAGGGUGCAGCAGAGAAGCCCUACACAGUAGAAGAUGCUGUUUCCUACAACGAGCUGGACUAUCUUUCUGUGGGCCUUGACCAGCAGACGGUGACGCUGGUUUGCACCAACAGGCGGAGAAAGUUCUUGUUGGAUACAGCUGACGUCUCACUGACUUUAUGGUUCCUGUCUGUUCUCAAAUCAGCCAUGGUUCAGGGCUGCCGUGAGCCGCCCUACCCCUCCGUUCUGACAGACGCCACCAUGGAAAAGUUGGCUCUCAACAAGUUUGUCUCCCAGGAGUCUCAGUGUGAGGUUUCUGAAGUAUCCAUAGAGCUCUAUUCAUUGAUUCACUGGGAGGAUCCUCUGGACAUGACUUUGUCUCCCCGGCGGCAAACGCCCCCCUCCGGAGGUUCCUCCAGCAUGAAAGAAGGAACUCUGCAGUACAUGUCUGGAACCACGUACCUGGGCAAAGAGCUGUGGAAGAGCUGCUACGUCGUUCUCAGUAAUGGGAUUCUGUACCUGUAUUCAGAGAGGACAGAUGUGACACCUCUGCUGUCUGUCACCAUGGGAGGAGAGCACUGUGGAGGCUGUCGACGCUCAAACAGCACCGAGCGUCCACACGCCUUCCAGGUGAUCCUGACGGAGCGCCCCCCUCUGGUGCUCAGCGCCAGCAAUGAGCAGGACAUGGCCGACUGGAUGCAGCUGCUCUGCCAGUCCGUCUCCAAGGGGGUCAUCCCCCAGGGCGUUGCCCCCACCCCGUGUAUCCCAUGUUGCCUGGUGGUGACGGACAGAAAGCUGCUCACCUGCCAUCAGGACUGCCAGACCAGCUUUUUCCGUUCGUUGGGAAGCGCUGACAUCUCUGACGUUAUCUGUGUCGGUGUGGAGCCCAACAAAGAGUACUGUGUCAUUGAAUUCGCAGAAGAUCGGGCCCAGUUCCUCCCUCCAUGGGUGUUGUACUUCAGCGGGAGUGAGGAGAGGGAUCGACUGCUACAGGGAUUAGACCACGCAUGGAGAGCCAUUUUCCAGGUUGACCUUCCCCAUAAAGACAUGUCUGAUCCGUUGGUGCAGAAGCGCUGCAGCGAGGCUCUGGAGCUGAUGAAGAGCGCCUGGCAGAGAGCCGACAGUCUCGCUCGGGGAAGAGCCCGGCGAGAGCCGUGGUGUUGACUGACACACACACACACACACACACACACACACACACACACACACACACACACACAUGGAUGUACACGGUUAUCCAUGGGUGGAGCCACUGAGACAUAGGAACAAUUCAACAACCUGACAGCAUGGCAUGUCAGAGAGAUUUUCAGGUGUAAACGUUUACACCAGCACAAACCAGAUUUGAUUAGCCGGUUAGGUCUGGAGAGCAGCUUGUGAAAGCCCCAGAUUCAGGAGUGUUUUUAUCAGAGAAACGUCCCGCUGAAUUUGCAAAUGCAUGCAUAGAAGGAAGCACUGUCCUCCAGGAGUGCAGUGGUCUAUUUAGUCUGAACACGGCGGAGCAUUAAUGCUUCGUUAGAGAUCCUUCUGAAAUUAGCCAUACUGUAUGUAGAGAAAAUGUGCUGAAUCAUUGAGCUUUGUUGUCACAUCAUGCUAGCCUUCCAACUUUGCCUGAGCUGCCUCAUUUACAUCACAGAAGAAGCUUAGUGGGGGGGGGGGCAAAAAUCAGUAAUGAGAGGCUUUGUGACAAUGGACAUUCUCAGUUUAUGCGGAUGCUUCUUAUUGUAUACAUGUGGAUACGUCCACACACCUUCUGUGUGAAGAUCGUCACUUUGCACCGACUACAAAAACAACUUUACACAACGUUCGGAGUAACUUAGCCCUGGUCCAAAUGUAGUACAACAGCAUAGGUUUUGUUGCGUAAUCGCUGAUGAUUGUGUUUGUGUCUGAUAUUCAGAUUUGUUAGUUUUUUUUUCCUUUUUUCUCCGAGCACAUACCUCUACACUGAAUUAUUCUUAUAUUCACAUACUACAGUAGCCUGGAAGAGUGAGGAUCUGGGGUUCGUCUGGACGUUUUACACAUGCACUCCAGAUAACAUACUAAUGUCUGUAAUGUCCUUCUGAAAUCUCACUCUCCAUUUAACUAUCCUCUCAAAACAUAUGUACAUCAGGAAGUGCAUCGAAGAGAAGGCUUUUCUCUCCACUUUUUGGAGACAAACACAGGUUUCCAUGCAGAAUUGCACCUUUUUUAAGUAUCUUUUUUAAUAAUAUCUGUGGCUUUGAUUUAAAAGGCAUUUUUUUAUUGCCUUCCAGAAAGAGGGGGGUAGUUGUUACCAGGUUCUGAUACUCUGUGGAACAGAACUGCACAUUUGCAUUCAUCCGAUGUUUGCUUCCACUCAGCUGGUUUUUAUUUCUACUUUGCUUUUUGUUUUAAUCAACUCCUCUAGUUUAGAGCAUUCAGUUCUGCAUUAAUCACCGAUAAGCUUUCUAGGACCUCGUAUAAGGAUCAUUAACUUAUCUCACCAGUUUAGAGCCCAUCAUGUCAUCCAGUAUUAAAGUCUGGAAGGGAAUGAGAAUUACAAGACGUUACACUACGCCUCUUUAGGCACUGUUUACACCUGGUAUUAAAUUCAGAACUCAAGUGGACUGCCGUAAAGUACACGUAUAAAUGCAUACUCGAGGCAUUUCGAGGAAAACCGGUCACUUUAACCACAAUAGGAAGUGGUCUGGUGUGGUCAGAACCUUUUAGCAGUGUAAACUCAACGUUUCCUGGACCACGUACAUAACUGUCUGCUGUGCAGGCAGAAGGAUUUCCUCGUUCACUCGUCAGUGCCGUCAUGUUAGAGUGGAGUGACAACAGACAACCAGCACUCAACCGCAUCGUCAUGGACUUGUUUCAGUUGGCGUUAGUUCUUCUAAUUCCUGACGUGGUGCAUGUCUGCUUCCAUCUGUCUAAGUUCUUUAGUUUUAUUUACAGUUUUUCUGUAAAAUACUGCUGGACAAGUUAAUCAAAAAUCACCAGAGCUCAGAGGUUAUGUGGUGUUCUGCUUUGUUGCCUCAGGUAAAACCAACAAAAAAACAGAAGUCAUGUACCGGUUUCUUUGAAAAUGCAGUAAAAUCUGAUUAUAGGAUGCUACUCGAGAUGCAUGUUGAUGCCAGGUGUGGUCCGACCGGUUUCAAGCUGUCUGCAUUCAGAUAGGGUUUUAAAAGCAGGUGUAAGCAGGACCUUAGUAGGAUUAUAGUUCGAUAUUAUCAAUAUAUGCUAAGCAAUCUGUCAUACAUUUAUUGAUUGGCUUGUUUAAGGGCUGUCAUGAUCUAAAACUUGAGGAUUUUUAGAAAAACUCAAACUAUCUAUUCAAAUAUAUACAUUUCCAGGCUCUGAAGGAAAAUACUCUUUAAAUAAUUUUAAUGUUCAUUUGAAAUGACCCUCUUUGUCUUGAUAUUUAAUAAUACUUUUAAAAAUGUAAACUCGUUUAUGUCAUCAAAUUGCUGUUGCAUCAUUUUCAUUAAAGCACAUAUAUGUUGUAACAAGUCAUAAUCAGUUCAAAUAUAAGUGUAAGGGUUUCCUUUGCAAUGACAAUGUGGCCUUUUUUCGAGAUGGAAUCUUUUUUUUUUUAACAAUGUGAAGUAUUAUUUUUACCUUUUUAUAAGAUGCCUUACACUGUACUAUUUGAUUGACUGCAUUGUUUUGGUUUUACAGUACACUCUUAGUACUGACGCCUCCCCACCAGAUGCUGCAUUUGAGGCAAUAUAAGGGGCAGCAGAAGUGUGUUUUUAUUUUAUUUUACCAAAACUCAGUUGUUGAAUAUGCACUGCUACGAAAUGCCAACCAGCCCCUAUAAAAGCCAGUCUGUUGAGACGACUGACUAGUGUGUUGCACACAACGGUACGAGCAUAUCGGUGCAAAAAAAGGAAAAAAAUAAAUAAAUGCAGUUAGGCCACUGUUGUCCCCGUUUGAAAACUCAUAAUGACUACUCGAUGCCACAGAGCAUUCCAGUUUCACAGAUUCAGAGUGACUGAGGCGGUAGUAAAAGUGCUGUGUUGUACAUCAGAUCUCCUCGUUUCUUUUAUUACUCCUCAAAGCAGAGCAGAGAGGAAACAACAAAGUCCUGCCUUGAAAGUGCUACAUGUCAGUUAGUAUUAAUCAGUGCUUUGAGCCUUUUUAAGUGCCACUUGGUCUCACUCGUCUCUCGCUAUCUUACAAAGAAAUCUAAUCUCAGGUGGAAAAAUGUAAAACAGAAAAAAGAAACCUUAAGACUCACAACACUUGUUCUUGCUUUUUGUUCUGUUACAGCAGUUUGUUGUAAUGCAGUGUCAUCGAAAUUAUCUUUUUAUCUUUUUAUGUUUUUGGUUGUGGUCGUAGUGCUCACUACAGCAUUAUAGUUUCAUCGCACAUACAGGGAGCGCUGCCAAACGGUGGCAACAGCUGGGAAAGGUUUAUUUAAUGAUUCGGUGGGUUCCAAAACACAUUAUGUUGUAGAAAUCUUCUGAUCUAUGAGACAUAAAGGAUGUUUGAAUUUGGGAGAGUUCCUUUGCAAUCAUUGAACUUGACUUGAAAGGUUUGUUGGAUUACCAACGAAAUGUUCUGUUUAGUGUUGUGGCCUGUGAAUUGUAUAUAAAGAGAGUAAAAAGUGUGUUGGAGCAGUGUUUUAAGUGUGGGACAUUGCUGGCCAAUGAUGGAAGACAUCUCUAAAGUGAUACCUUGAAAAGCUUUCUGAUUUCGUUCCUACAUGUGUACUGCAUGUACUAUUUGUAUUAUACUAUCAGUUUUUUUGAGAUGUAAAUAAAGCACUAAUCAAGAAUAACAGGCUCUAAAUUCCACAUUAAGACGUGCAUGUCCUGAAAGUUUUUCUACUGUUCUUAGUGGCAAUGAAUGUACAAAUAAAGCUUUUGUAAGAUGGACUGCGUAAAUUAAUAAACUGAAAUACAACUUUG